AUUCUGGAAGCCAAUGCAGAGAAGCUAAGACAGGAGAAAUGUGAUCUAUUUUCCUGGCAAGUGAAGAGACAGAAAACUUAAAAAGACAAAAACUUAAUAAAAUGAACCAGCAAUCACUUGUAAUUUACUCCAAUUUAAGUUAAAAAUUCAGUUUUGUUUUGCACAUUGCUGACAUUACUUUAUCCCUAAAUCCAAGGGGUUGCAAGCUGACUCAACAUGCAUCAUGCAUCUUUAAUGUUUGGACAAACAUCAUGACUAGGCUUUUUUGUAAAGCUGGAGUAACAAAGCAGCACAUCAUCACUGUCUGGUAUUCAGUUUAACUAUGACUGUUAGUGAGAGGCCAAUUGAAUCACAAAGUAGAACAGUUUCUUUCUCUCUCUGUCUUACAGUCAUGCAAUGUUGAGAGGCGAGGAAGUGCUAGUUGUCAAAUCUAUUCAAAUCUGAAACAAAGUGUCAUCUUUAGGAGUUUCAUUUCUUUACCCCUAUGUUGUUUUGUCACACCACAGGCAUCAGACACAAAAUACCCAAACUGACUUGAUACAGAAAUUAAUGUUAUCUGUUUCCUUUCAGUCCAAAAACUGGAGUGCAGGAUGGGGUCAGACCAUCCUGUCAAGAUAAGUCACCAGGAAAUGAACCAGCAUCCUCUGUAUUACUCAUAUGAUAGUAGUAAAACAUAUAGCAUUGUGUCAAGUAGAGUUUUUAUUAUGUCAAAGGCAGCCGGAGAUGAGAACUAAAAACUCCCCCCAAAAAAUUAAAAUGAAACAGUAGAAACCACGUGAAAUGAAAUCCAAAGAUGUUAGUAAAAGCACACACAAGAAAAAAAAGGGAUAAUAAUCCUAUAAUAAGAUUGCAAUGGGUCCACUAUCAAUUUAGAAAUUUCAACAUAAAAACAUCCAGUAAAAUAAGUCCAACGAAUGGGCCCAGCAGAAGAGUAAGCCUAAUGAAAUAAGUAAUUCCAGUAUCAACAUAUUUGGAAGACCACAGUAGGUGGGGCAAUGUGUGGGAAAAAUGAAGGCUGUGUAGUGUGCAGUGGUGGAAUGUACAUGUACUGUAAAUUUAAGGUACUUGAAAAUGCAUCGCCACAAAGCUGAAAAGAGGGCUGUUUUCUGAGCUCAUGAAAAGUUAAUUUUAGGGAUGGCUGGUUCUCACAGGACAGCAACACUACAAACAUCUGAUGUCACAGAAUAUGAUGCACUGCUGUAGAUUAAUAAGUUACCCAAUAAAACCCAAUAGUAUACUGUAUAAGGUAGUUGAAGUUAGCACAGCCUUAAGCAUCUACAGCAGUAAAAUGCAACAUACACAUUAAUGCAGCAGUAAUAUUAAUCCAAAAACAUCAUGUAAAAUAGUAAAACAGGGACUAUUAUUUUCUGCAGAAUGAGUACCUUUACUUUUCAAACUUUAAUUUUGUUAAUAUUACUAACUUUUACUUAAGUAAGGUUUUGAAAUUGAAAGCAGAACUUUUUCUUGUUGUGGAGACUUUUGACAUUGUGGAAUUAAUAGCUUUACUUAUGUAAAGGAUCUGAAUAUAAAUUCUACCACGGGUAGUGUAAGAGAUGACUUUUGGGCAGGCAUUUUGAUGGAGCAGAGGGCAGGAUAUAUUGAUAGACACAGUGCCCAGCUCUUCAAGAUAGCUCUCGAGAGAAAAGAAGAACAGAGCACAGAGCACAGCAACAUAAUCAUGACAAUGAUGGAUUCAUACUUCAGAGGCACUUUGUGGAUGAUACUCUUCCUCUUCACAUUGCCACACCUCACCUACAACAUGUCCUGCCCAGGCAGCUGCGUGUGUACUUCUAAGGGUGCUGUCAUGUGUGUUGGCCACACCAUCACAGAUAUACCAAAGCCACUGCCUGUUCAUACGUACCAGCUGCAGUUGAAUGAUACAAACAUGAACGUCAUAAAUGAGCAGAGCUUGGCAAACUUGGACCUCCUGUUGCGUGUCAGUCUGACACACAGCCAUCUACACACCAUCCAUCCCAGGGCCUUCCACACUGCUCCCCAGCUCAAGUCUGUAAAACUGUCAUCCAAUGAUCUCUCUACCCUUCCUGCUCGGGUUUUCAGUCCACUGACCACUCUGGAGGAGCUGCAUUUAAAUGGGAACCAGUUGGAGACCAUAGGUUUGGAUAUGUUUAAAGGGCUUGUCGAGUUUCUGAUUCUGGACCUUAGCAGGAACAAACUGAGUAGUCCUGCUUCAGAUGUUUUCAAUGGACUGACCAACCUCAACUUUCUGAACCUUGGCAGGAACUCCAUAAAGAAGCUUCCAUCUACCAUCUUUCGCUCUUUGACUAAACUUCGCCAACUCUUGAUGUAUAACAACGAGCUAGAGGUGCUAGAAGCUGGGAUUUUUGAUGGACUUGUAAACCUUGAGGAGCUAAAAAUACACCAUAACCAGAUUAAGAGCCUUCCACCUCAGGUGUUCUGGUCACUGAGGAACCUGAAGAUCCUCACCCUGUCCUCCAACCGACUUCAGGCUAUCCCAGAAAAGAGCUUCUACCACAUGCCCAAGCUGACCAAGCUUACUAUUUACAACAACCCGCUGUUAUCUCUACCGGACCAGCUAAUGGGUCAAAUGCCUGACAUGAGAGAUUUCUAUCUUUAUGGCACUAACCUCACCACUGUGCCUGGAAAUUUGUUCGCUAACAUGUCUGGACUCCUGAGCCUUAACUUCCAUUUAAAUGACAAGCUGAAUGAGAUGCCUUCAGACCUCUUCUGCUGCCUUCCCAACCUUAAGAAGCUCUCCUUGAAAUUCAACGACCUCCGUUAUCUACACCCUCAGUUGUUCUCCAAACUAACCACACUGACCAUAUUGAUUCUUAAUAACAAUAAGCUUGAGAGCCUAGCAGAAAACAUCUUUCAGGGCCUUGGAGAGCUUUUCUCAAUUGAUUUGAAGAAUAACCACCUCAAGAAUCUCCCAGGAGAUAGUUUCUUGUCAAAUACACGUUUGAGAUCUCUUACUCUGAGUGGCAACCCCUGGGACUGUACUUGUAGUAUCACAGGUAUUGCAAAAUGGAUACGAUACAAUGAGCAUGUGGUUCUUGACAGAGAUGAUGCGCUAUGUCAUAGUCCAAAGUACCAACUGCUCCGUACCAUUGGCUCAUUGCGUGAAGAGGAGUUCAACUUUUGUGAUGCUACAACGGUCAACAGUUAUUUUCCUACAUCGGUUGUAGCUUCAACAACCAUACCACCCACAGCAACAUCAACCACCACUCAAGGAGCUACCCAACAAGUCAUCAUCCCAACAACCACUCCAACUACAAAACCACCUGCCUUACACACCAAGAUCCUAUCAACAUCUCUCCAAACUCCCACCACCACCCCACCUGACAAAGAGUUCCUUCUCGCUAUUGAGACUCCCUCAACAUUAUACAUGUCACCUCCGUUCUAUGACACAUUGGUGAUUGAACAGGGGCCCGAGUUUGUUCACCACAACCUUCACAGGGGCUGGGUGUAUGUGUGGUUUCUGCCCUCGGACACGACCUUGGCUGGGCUCCUCAUGUUUAGCCACAUCCUCCUUGUGGCCGCAGGUUUGUUCCUUAUUGUUGCUGCCAUGUAUAGCAUGUAUCGCCUCAGCAAGACCAUGGAUGAGCUAAAGGCUGAGCAUGUGCAUAAUACAGGAUAUGCAAUAAUGGACCUGCACCUCACCCUUCAUGUGCUCCUACUUCUCUUUUCUCUCAAUGCUGUUGUUUGGGCGUGUCCCGAUGGAUGCAAAUGUCAAGAAACCAGAAUCUUGUGCAGUGGCCUCUCAGACUUCCCCACAACUGUGCCCUCAUCUACCACCGCACUAUACUUCUCCAAUUGUAGUAUCAGCUUUCUAAAACCAGAGGACCUGACCAAUUUCUCUAAUGCCCUUGGCAUCUUUGUGAUUAAAGACACUGAUCUGAGGGAAGUGCGCACUGGCACACUUGAUUCCACUCCGAACAUAGGUGCCUUAGGGUUUGCUGGCACCAAACUGCAAGAUCUCCCUGAGACCUUGUUCCAAAAUCUUCAGAAGCUUGAGUCUCUGAAUCUGAAGAGCAACAAUCUCCUGGUACUCCGCCCUAACUGGUUUUCCCGGUUGACAGAUCUCAAACUCCUUGAUCUUAGUAAGAAUCUUUUCACUUCUGUACCUGUGGAAACUUUUCACGCUCUUGCUGAACUGCAGUACCUUUUCCUUUCUGGAAACAAUAUCAGUAAAUUACCUAGAGAGACAUUCAAAGGUCUUUCCAAGCUGAAAACCUUACGGCUUAACAAAAACUCAUUACAGGAACUCCCCAUUGGCAGUUUGGAUGACCUUGUAAACCUGGAGGAACUAUCCCUACAUGAUAAUCUAAUCACUCAUCUCCACCAUGACUUGUUCUCCAAGACUUUAAAACUCCAAAAGCUUUUCCUCUCCCACAACAGACUCACAUCUCUUCCACAAGGGGUCUUCUUAAACCUGCCCCUCCUUUCCCAGAUCUCCCUGUAUGAAAAUCAGCUGGAGAGUCUGCGACCAGGGGUGUUUGGGCCCAUGGCAUUGCAGGAGUUGUGGCUGUAUGACAACAAGCUGAGCCACCUGGAGGAUGACACAUUCAGGAACCUGACUCAAUUGCAUCUCCUGGUGCUCAGUCGCAACCAGAUCAACUAUGUAUCCUCUGGGGCCUUUAGAGGGUUGGAACAGCUGGGAGAGAUAUCACUUCACACCAAUCUGCUCAAAACACUGGAAGCUGGGACUUUCAAAGGUUUGCCCAGUCUGGUCAACAUUUCCUUGGAACACAACUUCAUCAGCUCUCUCCCUUUGGGCUUUGUCCAGGGCCUAAGACACUUGGGACAAAUAGACCUGCAAAAUAACUCCUUUACCAACCUGCCACAGGAGACUCUAGAUGACCUCACUGCAGCAAAGGAAGUACUCCUGCAGCAGAACCCCUGGAGGUGUGACAAGGAUAUUCUGCCACUUAGGGACUGGCUGAAACAGCAUCCAUCCAAGGCCAACCAAACUCUUGUGGUCUGUGAAACACCACUGAACGGUGAGGUAAUUGCUCUGCUGACAGAUGAGAACUUGAUGCCUCUCAGCUCUACUGAGGAGCCUGUGUUGACCUCAACAGUAAAGAGGAGGAAACCCCAUACCCCUCCAACAAGACGAAGCACAUCCUCACCUGCUGUGAAGACAACCCUCACCUCAGAGCAGGACGAGAUCAACGGCGGACAAGAGGAGAAUGGAACGGUUUCUAAUAAUACUUCGAUCAUCCUCAUUGCCAUUGCAGUAGUGUCCACUGUCAUCAUCAGCACUGUCAUCAUCAGCUUCGGGUGCUGGAGGAAGAACAGGAGAGGCAGCGGAAAUAUAGGCGUCCGAAAUAAAAACUCUGUGCUGUAGACUAGACCAUCCAACAUCGCAACCCAAAAACUUUUAAACCCAAGGGAAACUGCUCACUGUGGUUUACUCGGAAAAAGUGGAGUCUAGAGUUGAUUUUAGAACCUCAAAGGCAACAGAAAUAACCACUUCAUCUUUAUUCAGAUGUACAAGCUAGAACAAACAAGCCAACUUCUUCAUUGGCGUUUAAUUUUUCAUGAUCAAAUGUACCAGUCGGCAUUCCUUUCCUGUGGCAUGUGAAAAGAGAACGGCCAUUUUAUGUACUAACUGUAAAAAACACCCACCUUGCCAUCUUGUGGGAAACCUGGACAUUUUGUUGGCUGUAACCUCAGAUGCACUGAAGAAGUGUACUUCUUUUAGUAAACUCAAGACUGCAUUCAGUAUUUACUUCAAACUAUUACCAUUUUUCAGUACUAAUAAUUGCAGUUUGACAAUGGUUUUCUGUACUAAUAACAGUUUGACCUUUUUGCUAAAUGGCUGUGUUAAAUUAAACAUGUCACUUUGACUGCACUGUAACACAAUUCAUUUUAUAGUUUCCACACUUACAACGCAAAAUGCUACUAUAAAUUAAAUAAAUGCACUUCUUUAAGUGGGAGCUAUCUUA